AUGGAGCCUAAUAUCCUAACAGGUGCCCUAAGCAUGGAGUCUAAUGUCCUAACAGGUGCCCUAAGCAUGGAGUCUAAUGUCCUAACAGGUGCCCUAACGAUGGAGCCUAAUGCCCUAACAGGUGCCCUAACUAUAGAGUCUAAUCUCCUAACAGGUGUCCUAACAAUGGAGCCUAAUGUCCUAACAAGUGCUGUAACCAUGGAGUCUAAUGUCCUAACAGGUGCCCUAACGAUGGAGCCUAAUGCCCUAACAGGUGCCCUAACUAUGGAGUCUAAUCUCCUAAAAGGUGCUCUAACGAUGGAGCCAAAUGCCCUAGCAGGUGCCUUAACGAUGGAGCCUAAUGCUCUAACAGGUGCCCUGACUAUGGAGUCUUAUCUCCUAACAGGUGCCCUAACUAUGGAGCCUAAUGCUCUAACAGGUGCCCUAAUGACGUUAGGUGUCAGAUUUUCAGAUUUUACUAAAACCAGGAGACAUACAUCUCAUAGUAUUGGAGAUUUCAAUGCAAAGACUGGCAGCAACAACAAAGGCGAUGGAAAUGUUAUGGGGAAGCAUGGGAUAGAAAGACAAAAUGAAAAUGAAGAAUGA